AUGGUUGGCGUUCCUUACAGCAAGGGCUGUUUGCUCUGCCUGGAGCGACGCAUCAGAUGUGACCAGUCUAUUCCACACUGUCACCAAUGUCGCAGGUACGGCGUGGUAUGUCCUGGGUACAAGCGUCCCUGGCAAUUUCAAGAUGAGGGACCGCGUCUCCAGAAACGCUAUCAGAAGUUCUCAGUCACCAGUAAUCAUAACUUUCAGGACAACCCUCAGACCAUCCGCCGAGGUGGCUCUAUACGAACUCAUCUCUUUGCCAAUGCUUCGAUCGAUGAGCGUGUUUAUCCAGCUUUGAUUAAUCAAUGCUAUAUCAGCCAGCAGCCGCGGAUGUUCAAGGACUUUAUCUGUGCUGCUUUUCCCACCAUGUUCUUUCAUAACGAAUUUCGCUUUGGAGAUGGCUUCACCUUUCCAGACUGGGUUUUGAAACACUUUGGCACGAAGCCGUAUUAUGAUGCGUCCGUCUCGUGUCUAUCGGCGCAAUACCUCGCGCACCUCACUGGAGACCCGAGUAUCAAUCACUUUAGCCGACAGAAGUAUUCACAGGCUCUGGCGGCAGUCAGGCAAGUUCUUAAUUCAGACGAGGAAGCGUCCUCGGAUGCGCUGCUGCUAGCGGUCAUUCUUCUCUCUUUCUAUGAGAUGACUACGCGGACCACCAGAGAUGCCUGGGUGUGUCACUCCAGAGCGGUAAAACAUAUAAUGCUGAAACGGGGCAUGAAUCUUCAUCUCACUGGCGCCGGACGAGUCUGCCAUUUUGCUUAUAGGCCGUUCCUGAUUGCUGCUGCGAUCCACGAAGGCGAACCAUGCUUCCUGGGCGAAGACGAUUGGCAGGACCUGGCAGCCUUUCUUCGUGCGGAAGACUCUCAAAAGCAGAGCGAGUGGUCGCUCUACAUCGAUGCUUACGAAGCAAUUUUCAUGGAGCUGGUCAAGUGUCCCAGAUAUAUCCAAGAGGCACGAGAGGUCGUUUCUAUUGCCUCUCCAAAAGCCCGGGUCCUAGAACAGUAUAUUGUCAUGACCUGUGAUCGACUCCGCACACUCAGUGACGAGUUAAGAUCACUGCUUGCAUCAUAUAAUCAGCGGAAGCUGGGCAUAGUAUGCCGUGGUUUCAUUGGCCCGGAACCAAACCGAUUUCCCGAAACGAGCCCAUCAUUACUCCUCAGCGCCGCGGUCAAUACCCUCGGUAUCCUUGAGCAACUCCUAUUCCGAUUGAACACGCCUGUCUGCAUCGACGAAGAAGACUCCUCUUCGAGCAAUGUGGCGCUAUCACCCAUCUCCCAAAGUACAAGCACCAGUAAUGCUAGCGGCCCAUGUCUUGACUUUCGUCUUGUUUGCGAACUUGGAGAGGGGAUUCAAAAGGACGACCCUCGAGCCUUUACGUGGCUUGAUCGGGUCGCCGGGUCAAUGGGACUCUUAGGGGCGAAAGCUAUCCACUGA